AUGCAUCCCCCCGAGCCCGUCCCCCCAGCAAUCGACCCGGAGCUGAUCAACAAGAUCACCCGGUUCAAGGCCCUGCGCGAACAGGGCAUCUAUUUCAACGACAACCUCGUCCAGAGCAAGGCCUACCGGAACCCGAACAUCUACACCAAGCUCGUCGAGUUCCUCGAUCUGCGCGAGACCACCACCAACUUCGCCCCCUCCUUCUGGGACCCCCUGGGCUUCCCGAGCAGCGCAUACGCCGACGCCCUCCGGCAACGCCAACAGUCGCUCGCCGACGAGAAAGACAAGCAACGCUCCAGCGCCGCCGCCAGGACCACCAUCGACUUCCAGCACGCCCGCGCCCCCGCUUCUUCUUCCGCACCAGCUCCCUCCAAGCCCCCGCUCAAACGGGACCGCGAGCGCGACCGAGCACCCGAUCGGGAACGGGAUCAGAGGGACAGGGAUCGGCGCAGGCAUCCGCCCGCCCCAUCCCGAUGA